AGCGCUGAAACCUGAGUGAGUCAAGUUCACCGGUCGUUUGACUGACUAACGUUUUUUUACCGGUUACUAACAGCGCCCCUUUGCUGGUUACCGCUGAACCGACACCAGUUCCUCGCGGGAAGUCAAUUGUUCUCAGUUAAUUUAAACAUCUUCCCUUCAACCCCUUCCAAGUCCCACCCCCCUCACUUUCCUGGUACCAUGCUGGUUCAGUACACCCGUCUACACUGCACGCGACACCCACAAGGCAGCAGUAAUUAGCGUCAUCAGCAACGGGGACCCUCAUUCGCUGAAGGAGGAAGUCCCAACCACCCACGCGAGCGUAUUUGACCUCCUACAAAAAGAGUUGCCAAGCUCGAAAGGUGACCUAUUGACGGCAAGAGGAGCUCGGAGUGAGUGCAGCCUGCUCAAAAGUUACGGGUACUCACAGCUUCUACUAUUUACCAGUGCAGAUUGUAGCCUUUAAGUGAACAGGUUGCUGCCAACGGACUAAAGGCCCUAGCCACCGGUGUCCGCUGUCAUCCAAGUUUUGCUGGAGAGAUUUUUCACAGGGGCCCGCCAGUAUGCGCACAAUACAUCUGCUUGGACUUACCAUUGUCAUAACAUUGUUUCUUUUAACAGAGGUUGAUCAUGUCAUCAGUAAAGAUCUGGGACUCAGAUCACGAAGCAAGAUAAAAGAGAAGAAAUUACACGCCCCCAAAAGAGUGGACAAGACGUUGUACAUCAGAGACAGAGAGAAGAGGGAUGCUAGCAAUAGCAAUGAAGACGAUGAUGGGGAAAGACUGUCUGGUGUAGAAGGCUACUUACAGCAGUAUGGGAAACCAAGAGUGCCAAACACCAAUAAAAACACAGGAGGUAAUGGAGAAACAAGGUCACCAGCAGUGGAAACAGAAUACAGCAUCAGACUUGUCGAUGGUGGGACCGAAUAUGAAGGAAGAGUUGAGGUCAAAAGAGAUGCCAACAGCAGAUGGGGGCUUGUGUGUGAUGAUUACUGGGGGAUGGAAGAUGCAAGAGUUGUUUGUAGACAACUUGGCUAUGGGGAACCUGUUGAAGCUGUGUCCAAUGCUUUCAGUCGUUUUGGGGGUAACCCCGGCAAGAAACAGUUCCUGAUGGAUGACAUCCAAUGCCAAGGAUCAGAGGAUGCCCUGCAGCUGUGUCAGUUUGAUGGCUGGGGGAUCUCCAACUGUAUUGUUGAGAGGGAGGCUGCUGGUAUCGUCUGCAGCCCACCAAGUAUGGACCCAGACUCUAAUCCAGCACGGGAAUGCUACAAUCUCCCUGAAGGCCAGGACUAUCGAGGAAGGGUCUCCCAGACGAGGGGAGGCAUCCAGUGCCAGUCCUGGGGGGUCCAAUACCCCCAUGAGCACACGGUCACCCCUCAGGCCAAUGCCCACCGGGGCAUUGGCAUGCACAACUACUGCCGAAACCCAGACGAUGACUCUCAUCCCUGGUGCUACACCACCAGCAGCCAGAAGCGAUGGGACUACUGCGAUGUAGGAAGACCAGCAGAGCAGAAAUGCAGAAAUCCCGAUUCCCCGGAAUGUUACACUGACCAACAGGGUUCUGACUACCGUGGAUUUGUGUCAACGACUGCCUCUGGCAAGACCUGCCAGAAGUGGACCGUCCAGGAGCCCCACGUACACCACCACACCCCCGACCGCUUCCCUGAUGAUGGGCUAGGGGACCACAACUACUGCCGUACUGUGUCAGAGGUCAAUGCAGAGAGACCUUGGUGCUACACCACAUCUUCCGCAACACGGAGGGAAUAUUGUGAUGUGGGGCUCCCUCAGGUCAGCUGUAACAGGAAUCCUGCUGCUGUGGAACAGGCGGCCAAUCCUUUGGAACGCUUUGCCCUCUUCCAGAAUGCUGCCAUCCCUGGGGCCAACCAAGCUGAGCACCAUGGUGUGACAGCUGUACAGUGUGCCCAGCUCUGCCUGCUAGAGAAUGCCUUCACCUGCCGGUCCUUUGACUACUUCCGAGAUGAUAAUCGGUGCUGGCUGUCAGACAAGUCUUCCUACACAGACCGGCUCAAGUUUGACUUCAACAAUCAUCCCUUUGAUUACUAUGAGAGGAUUGAUAUUGGCACACUGGCUGAAUUCCAGAUCACCCCUGAUGCUGCUAUCGCUGGUCACAAUGUUAUAGAGCACCAGGAUGUUUCUGUGGAGCGCUGUGCUGAACUCUGCCUGCUUGCGUCCUUUGGCUGUGCGUCCUUUGACUAUGCACGCCGUUCAUCUCAGUGCUGGCUGAGUCAGGCCACCAUGGAGACAGCUCAACUUAGGACCGACAUCCAGGCUCAGCCAUUUGACUACUUCCAGCGAAAAGGACCAGCUGUGCCAGAAUGUUACCAUGGCAAUGGCCACAGUUACCGAGGAACGUUCAGUACGACCCAUGAUGGUAAACGUUGCGUGUCAUGGGCGUUUGCAGCAUCAAGGGGGGCAGGUGUGAGUGCUUCCACAUAUCCUAAUACAGGUGUCGGUAAUCACAACCAUUGCCGUAACCCUGACAACGACCAGAGGCCGUGGUGUUACUUUGCUGAUAAUAGUGGCCAGUUGGAAGGUUGGACAUAUUGUGAGCUGAGUGCUUGCCUGGAGAGCCAGGAAGUCCCAACAGAUUCACCAGCACUGGCUACAGCACAGCCACUAGGAGGACAACGGCUCCUGUCUCAGGGUAAACCAACGGUUCAGAGCUCCACCCUGACAUGGAGAGGCGUGCCCAAAGAAUCCAGUCUGGCUGUGGAUGGCAACGAUUCCCCGCAGUUUGCCGACAACAGCUGCACGUUGACAGAUUCGGAGAGACAUCCCUGGUGGUAUGUUGACCUAGGUCAAGAUUAUGAAAUUGACCAUAUCGUCAUUGUUAAUCGAUAUGACUAUGGGAACCGGUUGAAGCGUGCCUCUGUGAAGGUCGGCGAUGCAAUCCUGAAUGUUGCCUCAUUCGUGGAGUGUGGCCACGUGAGUGGUGCCAUGAUCAAAGAGGCAGCAAAAAGAGAGGACAGACAGAUUACUAUCCAGUGUUCAGCCCAAACUGUUGGCCGAUUUGUUUACAUCGAACAGACUCGCAGCCAGAAGGCUUACUUAACCUUGUGUGAGGUCAAAGUUUAUGGUCAAGAUGUUGUAGCCACAGAGCCACCACUCCCAGCAUCUUGUGAUACAGAUCAGUUCACUUGUGUCAGUGGAGGAAUUCACUGUGUCCCUAGUACAUGGGUUUGUGAUCAGGAGCCGGACUGUGGAGAUGGAAGUGAUGAACAGGGUUGCAGUGAUCCCCUGGCAGACUUUAAUGCAUUGGUGGACUCUGCCAUCCCUUCUCGUAUUGCAUCUGAUGCCAGCUAUAUGGACAAGUCCCUGGCUGAGUGUGCUCAGUUCUGUAUUACCAACAUGGACUUUGUCUGCCGCUCCUUUGACUACCAGGUGGCCAGUCGAGACUGUACACUCUACGAUGAGAACCGAGCCCAGACAGGCGGGUUGGAGACCCAAGCCGGUGUCACACACUACGAGAGGCUAUCUCAGACAACUGACUGUACCAAUGUAGAUGGAGAAGUCUAUCACCCCUGCCCUAGUGGUCGCUGUAUCCCAACACGCUGGCUGUGUGACGGUGACAAUGACUGUGGCGAUUUUACCGACGAACAACAUUGCACACCAGGACCGUCAGAAGAGGUCAAUCCAGACUUUUCCAUCCGCAUCGUGAAUGACCUGCCUGACCAGACCUCUACAGGUAACUACCAGGGGCGCGUGGAGGUACAGUACAUGGGCAUCUGGGGGACUGUCUGUGAUGACAACUGGGAUAUCCAAGAUGCAACUGUCGUCUGUAAACAGUUAGGCUUUACACGUGGUGCCGUCAGGGCAGUGAUUGUGGCUGAGUUUGGCGUAGGCAACGGUAACAUCAUCAUGGAUGAUGUGGAGUGCGUUGGAACAGAAACAUCUCUUGCUGACUGCCCCUUCUCAGGCUGGGGCACUCAUAACUGUGUUGCUAGGGAAGCAGCUGGUGUCAUCUGCGUACCCAAUGAAGGUUGCCUGGAUACCCAAUUUGAAUGUGGGAAUGGAGACUGUAUAUCACUCAACUGGAAAUGUGAUGGUACCGAUGAUUGUGGUGAUAACAGUGAUGAGCAACAAUGCCCAAGUGAGGAUCUCCCUGUGCGUCUGGUGGGUGGACCAGAUAGUAACUCUGGCCGGGUUGAGGUCUUCUUUGGUGGUCAGUGGGGGACAGUCUGCGAUGACCGCUUUGAUAACAAUGCGGCUCAAGUUGUUUGCCGACAGCUCGGAAUUGUUGGCAACUCUCGUGUCUUUGAGAUGGCUCAUUUUGGGGCAGGCCAGGGGAAGAUUUGGUUGGAUGAGGUACAGUGUCAAGGCAAUGAGAACCACCUAGGUGACUGUGGCCACUUGCGAUAUGGUACCAACGACUGCUCUCAUGGCGAAGAUGUCGGAGUGGAAUGUGGCAUCGUUCCCUUACCAGAGGUUACAAUGGCUCCUGGAAGCUGUGGUAUCAAACAGGUUGAUAAUGGCAUCAAUGCUCGCAUCAUUGGUGGGACGGCAGCCAAACGUGGCAGUUGGCCAUGGCAGGCCCAACUCAUACUCAAGCAGAGUGGUCAUUACUGUGGUGCUACGCUCAUCGAUGAGUACCAUGUUCUGAGUGCUGCCCACUGCUUCCAGAGAUAUGGAAAAGAUCGCUUCACGGUUCGCCUCGGGGAACACGACCAGUACCGUUCGGAGAGCUCGGAGCAGGACUUUGAUAUUGAGUGUCUUCACCUCCAUGAGCAGUACAGCUCUUCCACAACCAACAAUGACAUCGCCGUGAUCAAGUUGAAGGCCAAGAAUGGCCAAGGCGCCCAGAUGAACACCCACGUCUCACCAGUCUGCUUGACAGGCAGAGAUGACCUACCUGACCAUCACAACUGCUGGAUCUCUGGUUGGGGAAAUACAGGAGGUGACUACCCACGCCUUCUGCAAGAAGCACGGGUACCCCUCCUUCCCCGCUCCACCUGCAGCAGUCGGCGUGUGUACGGCUACAAGUUGACCAGCCAAAUGCUGUGUGCAGGCUACCUGAGCGGUGGCAUUGACUCAUGCGACGGCGACAGUGGUGGGCCCUUGGUCUGCGAAUACGAAGGGGUGUGGCAGAUUGUGGGCGUGACCUCGUGGGGGUCGGGCUGUGCCCAGCCGAAUGCCCCAGGGGUCUAUGCCAGGGUCAACCAGUUCCUGGAUUGGAUCAAUGAGAAGAGGCAGACCAGACAGUGUUAACCUGGUGCAUGCACCAAAAUCCACAACUCCAUCAAUUGCCAAGUUUUAGGCAUGGCCCAAGUGAAAUGACUCUAUAGUGGACUAGUUUCCACAAACAAUAUUGAGAUUUGAAGCAUUUUGUGGUCAUAUUUGGUGAACCUAUCUUCUUGGUGUUAGUCUGGUAUUACACAUAAGUUGUUUUAGUAAAUUUCUUUCUUUUUGAAAUACAUCACAGGUAGUGAAUGUAACCUUUGUCUAUUUUUAUGUUCAAUGCAGUUUGCUCUUGUGUGCUUUCCUCUUUUUACAUAUAUCACAGAAGGCUAUUUAUAUUUAGAGGAAACUUGUAACCCUUGCUAUGUUCAAGGCAAAACCUACGCAUUGGAAAUACCAGUGCAAACAAAAAAACAGCAUUAACUGACCAAGAGACCUCAGCAAGAAUUCAGUAUGUCUUGUGAGCAAACCUCCAUGAGUGGUUAGUAAGUAAUGGCUUGUAACAUUUUUGAAUCUUUAAUAGUUACUCCAUUAUGUGAGAUAUUAUGAAGGAUCACUGACAGAUUUGUUGAGACUUUCAAAGGAACCCUUGGACUGGACUGUAGGUUGUGUAUGAAUGACAUGACUGUGGCUUCAAAUUAGACACAACUCUAUGGGAAAUGGCUGCAGUCAGUACCAUAGAUUUGUAAUUUGAAGCCGCAGUGAAGUUAUUCAGUCAAGGCUGUAUUCUGGCCUGAUGGAAGGCAUUUUCCAAUGAAAAAAUGGUAAAAUUUUGCUUUAUUUGCCGAGUUUAGGAUUGUUGCAAAUUUUUGAAACCUGUUGCAUUUUUGAUGCCAACUUUUUCUGUAGAUAAGUAUUGUGGUCACAUCCACAGUAUCUUUUUUCCAACUUUAUAAUAAAGUGUGAGACUAGCAAUAACA